AAAUGUCACUUCCCCCACCCCUUCCCUCUGAUUGGCCACGCCCCGCCCCCAGAGACUUGCGCACCGUAGCGUAAUGACGUAAGAGCAAAAGAAGACGCCUCCAUCCCCAUCUCCGUUUCCUAGGAAACGUAGACUCCACGUUCCACUCUCUGUCGCUGCCCCCUUGACGUCAUGGUCAGGAUGGGAGGGCGGGGCGAGUGCUACCGCCAGGGGCGGGGCAGCACGGGCCGGCCGGCCGGCUCUGUGCACCUGCGCCUCCGCGGGCCGCCUGGGGCACCGUCCCCAGCCCGCCCGGCCCCACCAUGGCCAGGCCGCAGAGGACUCCGGCGCGCAGUCCAGACAACAUCGUCGAGGUGAAGAGCAAAUUUGAUGCUGAGUUCCGACGCUUCGCGCUGCCCCGCGCUUCGGUGAGUGGCUUCCAAGAAUUUUCGCGGUUGCUGCGUGCAGUGCACCAGAUCCCGGGCCUGGACGUGCUGCUUGGCUAUACAGAUGCUCACGGCGACCUACUGCCCCUCACCAACGACGACAGCCUGCACCGGGCCCUGGCCAGCGGGCCCCCACCGCUGCGCCUGCUAGUACAGAAGCGGGCAGAAGCCGACUCCAGUGGCCUGGCCUUUGCCUCCAACUCUCUGCAACGGCGCAAGAAAGGGCUUCUACUUCGGCCAGUGGCACCCCUGCGCACCCGGCCACCCCUGCUAAUUAGCCUGCCCCAAGAUUUCCGCCAGGUUUCUUCAGUCAUAGAUGUGGACCUACUGCCUGAGACACACCGAAGGGUGCGGCUGCACAAGCAUGGCUCUGACCGUCCCCUUGGUUUCUACAUCCGAGAUGGCAUGAGUGUACGUGUAGCUCCCCAGGGCCUGGAACGGGUUCCAGGCAUCUUCAUCUCCCGCCUGGUACGAGGGGGCCUGGCUGAGAGUACAGGGCUGCUGGCAGUCAGUGAUGAGAUCCUCGAGGUCAAUGGUAUUGAGGUCGCUGGGAAGACCUUGGACCAAGUGACGGACAUGAUGGUCGCCAACAGCCACAACCUCAUUGUCACUGUCAAGCCAGCCAAUCAGCACAAUAAUGUGGUGCGUGGGGCUUCUGGUCGUCUGACAGGGCCUCCCUCUGCUGGGCCUGGGCCUGCUGAGGCCGAAAGUGACGAUGACAGCAGUGAUCUGGUCAUUGAGAACCGCCAGCCUCCCUGUUCCAAUGGGCUGUCUCAAGGGCCUCCAUGCUGGGACCUGCGCCAGGGCCCCCUACUUCCCAGUGCCCGCAGCUCUCUGCCCUCCCUGGAUCAAGAGCAGGCCAGCGCUGGCUGGGGAAGUAGCAUGAGAGGAGAUGGUAGUGGCUUUAGCCUCUGACAGGCAAGGAUGCAGCCCCUUGCCACUCCAGGCUGCUGAGACAUGGCAGGGACUUCCUCAGUGGGGGUUUUUAGCUUGCUCGCAGGGGCCUCUUCGUCUGGGGAACAUUAAAAGUUUUCUACAAAUGCAGUCAUGGUCUUUCUGUGUCCCAGCCCUAACAUCCUCCAUGGUCUAACAAUUUUGCCUCCUGCCCUGGACCUGAGGCAGGAGUGAUAAGGACAACAGAGAGACCUCCCUGCAGUUGAGCAGCAGGAGGGACACCAGGCUUUG